AGAAACUAUUAUGCUCUGCGCUAGAGACGUCAGUAUUACUUUCAAGUCAGACAAGAAUACGUGACUUUAUAACAUCAUUACCAAUAAUUUCUUUUUAUUACACUUCGAUAACACAUCACUACUGACUCAUUAUUCAAUUACAUUGCAUAUCCGAGGUAAGAAGCCUUGAGAAUAAAAAUAAAGAUUCAGCUAACAAAUCAAACUUUAAGCAGGAAUACUAAAUAUGUUAUUGUACGCACUUGUUAGUGCAUUCAGUGUUGCAGCAUUUGGAUUAUCCGUAACUGGAGAAUCUAUACUUCCUGUAACAACAUGUAAACGUGAUUCAGCCGAUUAUUCCGCCUGUUUAAAAAGUGCUAUAGAAGAAGCAUUACCACGAUUUAUUCCAGGACUUCCAGAAUUUAACUUCCCUUCUUUAGAUCCAUUAUUUUAUGAAUACGGUAAAGCUGUAUUUAAGUCAGGCGAUAUACGUGGAGAAAUAAUUGUGUCAAAUGUCACUACUAUCGGUUUAGAAAACACUCAGAUUCUUGAUGUAAGAGCAAAUCUUAUCGAUGACAUUUUUCGUUUAGAAAUCGACACACAAAUACCAAGAUUAUUUUUGAAAGGUCAUAUAAGUCUUGAUGGUAGUAUAAGUGUAUUCAGAGUUAAUAGUAAAGGUUAUUUCAAUAUAACUGGAAAUGAUGUUAGGACAACGUGGGAUAUAACAGGACAUGUGGUAAAUGAUACAUGGAUUAUAAAACAUUUUCGUGCCUUUCCAUCAUUUAGAACGUUUAAAGUACAUAGUGAUUUCUUAGCAGAACAAAGCAAAGAGAUCAGUGACAUUGUCGUGUCAUUUGUAAACGAAUUCUGGCCAGCGCUACAACGAGCAAUGGUACCACUAGCGUCCAAGGAAUGGGACUCAUGGUUGACUAACUUAACCAAUAAGUUAUUCUCAAAAGUUUCUUUUUCAAAAAUAUUUCCAUAAAACUAAUAUACUUGUUAUAUGUCAAAGAAGUGUAAAUUUCUUAUAAAAUUAAAAACGUAUUUGGCUUUGUAAACGCAAAUGGUAUGGGUAGAUCUCUUCUGACAUUCUAUAACUUAAUUUUUACUUCUUAUUUACCGUUUGUAAGCAAAAGUAAUAAAUAAUCUAAACUUUACUGCAAAA